CAAAAACAAACACUUAUUUUUUUUUCUGUCUCUCACUCGAUUCGGAGUCUCGCUGUCGACGGUGCUAUGCUAUCACCGAACACCGAAACCCUAGUUGCCUAGCUCGGACGACGACGACGACGACGAUGAUGCUGAUGUGGAACGGUGCGAGGGACCUAGUGUUAGAUUCGGACGACAUUCCGUUUGGGACGGGCUCGUGGUUCCUCUACGCCGGAGUGUCGUGCCUGCUGGUCCUCUUCGCCGGGAUCAUGUCCGGGCUCACCUUGGGCUUGAUGUCUCUCAAUCUCGUCGACCUCGAGAUCCUGCAGCGGAGCGGGAGCCCCACCGAGAAGAAGCAAGCUGCUAAGAUAUUACCUGUUGUGCAAAAGCAGCACCAGCUUUUGGUCACUUUGCUUCUCUGCAAUGCCUGUGCCAUGGAGGCGCUUCCUUUGUACCUUGAUAAAAUCUUUCACCCCUUUGUUGCUGUUGUGCUGUCUGUAACAUUUGUUCUAUUAUUUGGAGAGAUUAUCCCACAAUCAAUAUGCUCAAGAUAUGGACUUUCUGUUGGUGCCAAUUUUGUUUGGCUUGUUCGCAUUUUGAUGUGCAUCUGUUAUCCAAUUGCGUACCCAAUUGCCAAGGUUCUGGAUGCUGUACUUGGUCAUAGUGAUGAUUUGUUUAGGCGAGCACAGUUGAAAGCCCUAGUCUCUAUUCACGGCAAAGAGGCUGGUAAGGGAGGUGAACUCACGCAUGAUGAGACAACAAUCAUCAGUGGAGCGCUAGAUUUAACUGAAAAGACUGCAGAGGAGGCUAUGACACCUAUUGAAUCAACUUUUUCCUUGGAUGUAAAUUCAAAUUUAGACUGGGAAGCAAUUGGGAAAAUUCUUGCACGAGGUCAUAGUCGAGUUCCUGUCUAUUAUGGAAAUCCAAGAAACAUUAUUGGCCUCUUACUGGUGAAAAAUCUUCUCACAGUACGAGCAGAAACGGAGACUCCAGUGAGUGCCGUUUCCAUUCGAAGAAUUCCCAGGGUUCCUGCAGAUAUGCCUCUGUAUGAUAUACUUAAUGAGUUUCAAAAAGGAAGCAGUCACCUGGCUGCUGUAGUGAAAAUCAAAGGAAAGAACAAGAACCUUUUGCCAACUGCUGACAAAGAGAAAUUCGAAGAGAAUAAACUGUCCCAUGAAAAAUCUCAAUUAGUUGCCUCCUUGCUAAGCAAGCAUGAUGACAAAUCAGGGAGUGUUGUUGUCAACAUCAAUAAAUCUCCAAAGUCUCUGACAAACAAGCCAACUGAGGAUAUUGAAGAUGGGGAUGUCAUUGGAAUCAUCACCCUGGAGGAUGUUUUUGAAGAACUUCUGCAAGAGGAGAUUGUAGAUGAAACAGAUGUAUAUAUCGAUGUACAUAGGAGGAUACGUGUGGCUGCUGUGGCAGCUGCUUCAUCCAUGGCACGAGGUCCAUCAAGUCGGAAGUUGCUUGCAGGACUAACUGAGCAUGGACAAACCCCAAAGAAGUCCGCAGAAGAUGAUGCACAUUCAGUGAGGUAUUCAGGGAAUCCUCGGGAGCCUCUUCUAGGCAACAAGAGAUGACAAUGGUAGUUCCAGACUUCCGGUCGGGAAACAAAGUUGCGGCAGGCGGCUACCUUCAGUCCUUUGUUAACUAUCAUGCCAUGCCACGGAAGUUGUGGUCAACAGUCUGCGUCCUUUGUUAAAAUAUCAAGAUUACAGUUACAUAUCUAUAAGCUAGGCUUUUCUUGUACAUUAUAGUGUGCAUGCGUAUGUAACUGGAUUUAAAUUUUGUCAAGUUUUUUUGUUCUUUUGGUCAAAAAUUUUGUCAGUCUACGAACUGGAUCUGUCCAACUACAGUAAAACCCAUUUGGGUUAUUUAUAAAAGCCUACCAAAGAGAAACAGAUGGAUAUUUAACGGAA